AGAAACAGUCGACACUACCUCAAUCACGUACUGCAUUGACAGAGACAAACAAACGCACACAGAACCUCAAAGAAUGUGUCACUCCAGGAGAAACACCAUCUUCCAUCCUCUCAGACAACCACUUAUCCCUCUACCAUCUACAUCCCACAACUCUCUCAAAUCCUUCCAACACCCAACUUCUCCACCCCCAACGCAAAUCCUACCAUCCCAAAAUGUCCACGCCUCCCCCCCUCCUCCAAGACCCCUACGCCCUAGCAUACCGAUACACCGAAUACAUGAACCAGUACCCCCGGCGCCGGCGCGAGAAAUGCAAUCCAUACUACGAGAAGCUGCUAGCCAACCAGCCGGACCCAAAACCCGAAGCGACGGAUGACCGCUCGCGUGCUAUUCGGUAUGCGAAGGAGCAUUAUGAGUGUUUCUAUGAGAUUAGAGAUAUUAGGCGGAUUGUCGUGUGGCUUGAGAGGGAUGCGAUGGGUUCGAGGUGUUGAACGAGGGUUAGGUAGGUGGUUGUUUGUUUGUUGGCGAGGUGGUGGAAGUGAUCGACUGCAUCGUCACUGUGGAAAGAUGGAGAUGGCCUGCCUGGAGAUUAGAGUAUGAUACAGCGUGGUAUGUAAAUUGGACCGCUACUCUAGCCGUUACUCAUUGCCUACUCUUUGUUCUUUCUUCUUCACCAAGAAAUGGGUGUUAGAUGUUCAAUCCCGAACAUCUGUGCUCUAUUAUGGUGUUGUUGAGUCUGAUGACUGCGGAGCUGUGAAGGUGUCAUGUUAUAGAUUGUUCGCAUGAUCGGGGCUUCCAUC